GCGGCAGCGACGAUGGGCAGCGCCGACGGCUUCCAGUACCGCGCGCUCUACCCCUACCGCAAGGAGCGCGACGAGGACAUUGACCUGGCGCCCGGGGACAUCCUGGUGGUGAGCAAGGGCGCCCUGCAAGCGCUGGGCUGCAAGGACGGCGACGAGCAGGUCCCCAAGCAGAUCGGCUGGAUCCUGGGCGUCAACGAGCGGACCAAGCAGAAGGGAGACUUCCCCGGCACCUACGUGGAGUACGUGGGGCCCGUGAAGAUCUCCGUGCCCUCGCACCGGCCCCGCGUGCAGAGGCCCCUGCCCGCGACGCCGGGCACCGGCGCGUGCCGCUUGCCGGAGGCUCCGGAGCAAGGAGCGGAGGAGAGUCCGUGGCAGCCUGGAAAGCGGGAGCGGUGGGGCCGUGCGGUGCCCCGGAGCGGCCUCGCGGGCUCCGGGAGGUUCCGUGGGAAGCGGCCCUGCCGGCCCCGAGAUGAGCCCCGACUUCUCCGCACUCUUUCUGGAAACGCUCCUGCAAACGAAGGAGUCGGAGCCGGAGCAGCUGCCCCCAGGGCCUGGUACCAGCCCUGCCGAGUUCCUGCCUCUCCUACAGCUCUGCCUCCGAAACCGGCCAAGCCGAAGCCCAGCGCGGCCAGCCUGGCCAACGGGAGCAGCGUGGCCUUGCAGGACGCCGAGUGGUACUGGGGUGACAUUUCCCGGGAGGAAGUGAACGAGAAGCUGCGGGACACGCCGGACGGCACCUUCCUGGUGCGCGAUGCCUCCAGCAAGAUCCAAGGGGAGUACACGCUCACGCUCAGGAAGGGAGGCAACAACAAGCUGAUCAAGAUCUUCCACCGGGAAGGGAAGUACGGCUUCUCGGAGCCCCUCACCUUCGGCUCGGUGGUGGAGCUCAUCACUCACUACCGGCACGAGUCGCUCGCCCAGUACAACGCCAAGCUGGACACCCGGCUGCUCUACCCCAUCUCCAAGUACCAGCAGGACCAGGUGGUGAAGGAGGACAGCGUGGAGGCCGUGGGGGAGCAGCUGAAGGUCUAUCACCAGCAGUACCAGGACAAGAGCUGGGAGUACGACCUGCUCUACAAGGAGUACACCCGCACGUCGCAGGAGCUGCAGAUGAAGAGGACGGCAAUUGAGGCCUUCAACGAGACCAUCAAGAUCUUCGAGGAGCAGUGCCAGACGCAGGAGAAGUGCAGCAAGGAGUACAUCGAGCGCUUCCGCCGCGAGGGCAACGAGAAGGAGGUGCAACGCAUCCUCAUGAACUCGGAGAAGCUCAAGUCUCGCAUCACGGAGAUCCACGACAGCAAGAUGAAGCUGGAGCAGGACCUGAAGAAACAGGCCUCAGAGAACCGCGAGAUCGACAAGCGCAUGAACAGCCUCAAGCCAGACCUCAUGCAGCUGCGCAAGCUGCGGGACCAGUACUUG